AUGAAAGGACUUUCAUACAAUUCAAAAUACAAAAAGGAUUUUAUUUAUAAGAUCAGCGAUUACUUCUACUGCGAGAUUUGUAACUAUGUCACGGAUUUGGCCUCGGUCACCAACCACGUAAAAGACUAUAAGCAUUUGUUUCGCAAGACCAACCCCACCAACUCGAUUAACAGUAAUAACGUGACCCGCAAGAGAAACGGCUUGGUCAAUUACCACGGGAUGACCAUGACCAAAUUCCAAUGGCACGGUAUCGUUGAUAAUCAUUGCGUGCUUUGCAACGUUCCAAUACAGGACGCUGAGCACAUCAAACGAUCCGAUCAUAUGGUAGCUUUGGUCCAAUCUAGAAUGAUGGUCAACGAUGACUUGCAAUAUAUAAGAAAGAUCAAUAACUACACGAUGUACUGUUUUACUUGCCAAAAGUUCUUCGACAAGAAUUCGACGCAUAGUCAUGACAUUGCCGAUAAGACAAAAAGCUCCAUAGAAGAAUGUGAUAGAGCGCAAGGAGACGAACUGAAAAAAGCUAUCGUUAACAAAUUGUUAACGCCGGCAGACGAGGAGAACAAACUGUACAACGCUCUGAUAAAGAAGGAGAGAAAAUACUUUUACAUCGAUCUGGAGAACGGCAUAGCGAGGUGCUUCCAGUGCAAAAGUCCUGUAAGGAAGGUGACGCUUGAUAACCUGAUGGCUCACAGAAAGGCUCACAGCGCCGAGAAUGACGAUAGCGAUUCAAGCAACGACUCCUGCGUAUACGCCGAAAUUGUUGACCACGGCAAACGGAGAGCAGCUAUAGCGCAGUACGGGAAGAGGCAUUUCGUCAAACUGAACCAAGGCGGCAGCAAGGGCUAUUGCUCCAUUUGCGACGUCUAUAUCUCCGCGCAUUUGAGUAUGGUGAAGCAGCACGUUAGGGGCGCUCGCCAUCAGGGCAUUCUGUUCGCGAAAACCCUCAAGAAGGGUGUGCAUCAAGAUAACCGCAUAUGGUAUAAGCCGAUGAAGAAAUCCCUCCACGUUUACUUGAGGCAGAUACUUUUCACUGGCAAAUCACAAGUGGUCUGCAUGAAUAACAGCAUAUGCGUGGACGUAUUCAGCUUCAUGCUUAUAUUACCGAUAGGUGAUGACAAAAUAAAAUGUUUCACGUGCAACGAGAUAUAUAAAAGUACGGAAAUCUGCCAGCACUGCAAUACUGAUUUGCAUAUGAAUAAAUUAGUAGGUGCUUCUGUAAUGGACAUUGAUUACGAUUCGGAACUGGCCGAUGAGUUUGUACGGGAGGUAAGGGAG